UCGGUUUCAUGGACCCCGCAUCAAGGAACGGCCAUCCCAAAACAUUAGUGGCGUACGAUGUGUGGGUAUUGCAUCAUAAUUGCGAAAUAUACAUGGAGCAUUCAGUAAACAUUCUAUGACUGCGCUAACUCUGGCAACGACGACGGACCAUCGACAACACCGCUUGAAGAACGGGCGCUGUUUUGUCAGUACCAAGAUCCGAAUUCUAAUCGUCGUUCAGUCGUUCAAGAUCUGACGUCACAAGAGAUGUCCAGGUGGUACCUUGUUCUGGGACUCACGGUGGCGCUGUUUGAUGAAGGGGCAGCAGCAGCAAAUUGUACGGAGAACUGUGCAUUGUGUAACCAUGGCUGUGUAGCUUGCAAACAAGGCUAUUACAAGACUGAAGGAAAGUGUGAAAAAUGUAAUCCGAAUUGCAAGAGAUGUUAUAGCACGGGCCUGUGUUAUUUCGAGUGUAAAGAUGGUUGGUAUGGCCUGUCUUGUUCACACGCAUGUUCGUGUAGUUAUGGCACCUGUGACAAGUACAUUGGGGUUUGUCCUCAUCAGACAGAUCCACCGGUGUCGAGUGCACACAAUCAUAACUUCUACGAUGACGAAUCCUUUGCUGGAAAAUUAUUUGGUGUCCUUGCAUUUACCAUUUUCAUGAUGGUUAUAUGUUGUUGCUGUAUGAAAAGGAAAAAAAAGCGAGAUGAGGAGCAGAUGGCAGAUGAUACCCCUGACAUAAUUCCUCCAUCUCAGAACUUAUUACCUGGACAGACCCCGAUUACUACGAGGUCAACCAAUAUAACCUAUCCAAAUUUUUUUGCGGGCAAUUUCUCAACCUACACCAGUAACAAUGGUAAUGGCAUAAUGUGCCCUCCACAACGAAGGGACCUUGCACCACCACCAUGCGCCACAUAUAGUGAUCAACAAAUGGACCCAGCACCACCACCUUGCGCCACGUAUAGUGGGCAACAAAUGGACCAAACACCACCACCUUGCGUCACAUUUAACGGACAACAAACAGACACUGAUCCACCGCCUUCCUACACAGCAAGUGUACAACGGGCAAACAUGCCGCCGCCACCUUCAUAUGAAUCUCUUUUCGAUUCAAACAGAGAACGCACCCAAGAACCAUUUAUAUAUGAAAAUGCACCACGGUUAUAGCAUUUUGACAUUAGCGCAUUAGUGUAUAUUAAUGAAGACGAACACGAUAUUGAUGUCACAUAAUGUGGAUCGUCACGUAGGGAAAUGUAACAACUGUACCAACUCUGGAGUGUACAUUUUAGAAAUCAGAGUAAGAGCUUAUAAUAUUCGACUGGCAAGUACAAAUGUCAGUGCGAUCAGGAGGGAUUGCUCAUAGCCCGUAAAGAUCCGGGUUAGAAUUGGUCUUAAACAACCCAUGCUUGUCGUAAAAGGCGACUAACGGGAU